UUUCCUUGAAUUCUUGUUUUUUUGCCGUACCUUGCCCGUGAAAUGUACUAAAAAUGAGCGUGCCAAAAUUGUAGCCUUAAUCAAGGUAUUUAAAACCCUAUGAGGUCUUGAAAUCUAGCGGUUGUCUAUAACAGCUAAUUAAAUGAUUGCUACAAAAAAUAAAUAGAAAAUGAAACAACUGUAUUUAUCAAAGACAUACUGCGCUACAAAAAUUAGGUAGGCUGGUACUGAGGAUCCUUUGAGAACCUUUCGAUCUUAAGAGAAAGUGAGAAAACGCAUAAGUGAUCUGUUGUGUCCCAUGUUCCUGGCAGAUUCGUCUGUGGCCUGUGAUGAGAGCUCGGAGGAUAUUUACUCUGGGCUGGACAAUGAAAACAGUCCCAUUUGCAGCUCGAAUGCAGAUAAAUGUGCCAACCCCUUUUCACCUUUGACGACUAAAGAUUCUUUUGAUUUGUAUGAAGAAAUAAUCACUGAAGAAAGGAAGGAGAGGGCAACCUCACACAUUGAGGCAUGUAAUCACACACACUGUAACUAACCAACCAACACAUUGAACCUCAUGCUAAUUAUUUGAGCAGUGGCUCAUUUGUUAUGUUGAAAAUACUGACAUACAGAAGAUUUAUGUUCUUUCUUUUCUGUUUUUCAUUUGCUACAGUUGCUGGUGAAGUUGGAGAAAACUCAGACCCAUGUUAAAGAAUUACUUUGCAAACUGCAGGAAAUGCAGAAUCAGAACACUACUCUGCAUAAUGAAAACAAGCUCCUAAAAAAGAACAUAUCUGCACUUAUCCAAACAGCCCGGAUGGAAAUUGUACGCAAGGAUGAAGAAAUCGGCAGACUUCAACAGAGGGGUGGGAGGGGUGGAUUUAAUCAGUAUUGUCCUCGGUCUUCUUCGUCUAACUUUCAGAGGUAUGUGAACACCAGGCAAGGGAACACAGACAGCCCAAGUGGAGGGGGAGGUUCCUCUACUGACGCAUCACAGGGGACUAGGAAUACAUGUAUUCAUAGUGCUGGAGCAAAUAACACGAGCCAGCUGCCAGAGAAAGCAGCUACUGGAACUGCACAAGAAGACUGUUUAGCUCACGUGCCAAUCCGUCACAACAGAAUACCAUCCAGUCAUGAUGUAUUGAGAUCUGAUAAACCAGUCCUGUGUUCUAGUGACAAUUGUAUUAAUGAUUCUAGAGACAUGGAACACUUGCACAGAGAGGCAGCUGGGAAAGUCCACAAACACGCUACCAAGUCCUAUAUGGAAACUACUGCAAAGCAACUGACUGUUACAGAAAAACGGACAACAGAGUUCCAGGAGGAACGAAAUCGCAACGUUAGGAUUGGCAUCAGUGCUAAAAAAGAGGAAAGGUCAAGAGAGAGACAGACGGCAGGAGGAGAGUUUAAAGAGUCGGAAAAAGAUAGGGAAAAGCAAAGCCGAUGGAGAAGUGCUCACACGGAGAGAGAGCAGCAGAGGAGAUCUGGGAAGGGGAAGAGUUCAAGGCAUCUAUCUAGUGAAUUGGACAGUUCAGAAAAUCAUUGGAAAGACCGUGAACUGGUAAGCAGCAGCUGUCGGCAGGAUCUGAAUCACAGUCAAGACCAGGAAAGGUCAGAGAAGAGAGCCCCAAAGUCCAGCAUAAGAGAAGGAAAGCACACCAGCAGUUCCUUCAGAAGCCAACACAGGGACAAAGCUGUGGCCUCUUCAAGCAGAAGGGAAGAGGUGAGCCCCACCAGAGACAGACAUAGAAAAGAAGAGCGGAGGAGAAAAGAGGAGAAGAAAAGAAGCAAGGGAGACAAAAGUAAAGAGGAGAGAAGGAAAGAUGAGGGUAAAAUGAAAGAAGAAAAAAAGAAAGGGGACCAAAAAAGAGAAGAGAAAAGCAGGCAUGAGGAAACCAAGCUUCAUUCCAGUGUCUGCAGAAAAGACACUGAACCUAAAAAGAAGUCUGCAAAUCAAGACACAAGUGCAGAGUCAGAAAACGGGGUUCACAUCCAGGGUAGCACAGUGCAAGAACUUGCAGUCAAUGAUGGUCAAUCGGGCCAGGAAAACAGCACAGAAGAUAAUGGCAGGAAUAGGAAACUGUGUUUCAUGGAAACACUUAAUCUCACGCUUUCACCUGUGAAAAAACCAAAGAUGUCCACUAUGGAAGGGAAGUUCGAAAAGAGGCUUUCUGGAGAGGGAGAGUUGGCAGGUGAUAGUGGGGAACAGCGACAGUCUGAUUUUUUUGGUAAUGGUUACGUUGUGCUAGAUGAGGCUGAAACAAGCAGCAAAUCAUCAGAACAGGAUAGAGAGGUUUCGGAGGUUCUCAGUACUCAUUCUCAAAAGACACGAACAAACUGUGUCGCAGAAAAUGAUUUGGAGUGUCUCCCAGCCGCCGAUAAUGCAGAUAGUGAAAAGAUCCCUUUCCCUCUCAGUUUGAUGGAGCAAGAUGUUAUAUCUUUAAAAGAAACUAAAACAGUAGAUACAGAAGUAGAUGCUGCUGUUGUGACCUGUGAUGAUACAGUGCAAACAGAAGCUCUUGCUGCUACUGUAGGUGCUGAGGUCCACAAUGAUACUGAUGUAUACUGUGUUGCCCUAGUUAGUGAGGCCCACAAAUUAAUCAGAAAUGAUAAGUUAGAUACUGAAUCUCCCACCGUUACCUUAAAUGCUGAAGCCUGCAAAAUUACUACAGAUAAUGGAGAUCACCUAGUUGUAGACCUUGUAACAAAUUACAUUUCUGUAGAUACAGACCAUGACAUUACUACUGAUAUUGAGUUCAAUGACAUUAGUGGUCAUACAAAAUACAACAAUUGUACAGCAGAGGCCCAGGUUGUUGCCAUAGAUGAUGUGGCCAGUACUGUUAUAAACACAGCAUCCCAAGAUGUUACCAUGGACACAGAGUCAAGUAAUAGUUCUACAGAUUUAGUAUCCAGUACUGACACCAUAGAAACAGAACCACAAAGUUCUGACAACACUGUGAUAAAAGAAAACAAUUUAGAAAUAACUCAAAAUUCAGAUUACGAGGAAGAUUUCACAGCUGAAGGAGAAUAUGGCAGUUCAAACAUGGAUAUGAGUUGCAAUCGGACAAAAAAGGAUUUAAUAAAAGGAAGCAGCAGAGCUUGGAGUGGAUUGUCUGCACAGCAGGAAGAAAGUAGCAUUUCAUCCAUGUUGCAGGAAUUGAGUGGAAAUCGAGCCUUCGCUGAUACGACCAGCUGUCAUUUGCAGCCAGAUUCCAGUCAAUGUGACACACUGGGUAUUGGACUGUCUCAUUCAGAGGCUCUGCCGAAAGGCCCUGCAGAAGUGCUGCUUCAUGAUGAGGAUUCUUUGCUCGUUGCACUGAAAACUGUAAGUCACAUUCCAGAGGUUAUCAGCCCCCUAAGGAGCCCCGCUCGACCCCUGAAGAAAAGUCCAAGGCACGGGUGCCCAGGCAAGCCACCAUAUGUAAGGAGCUUAGACAAGGAAUUGUCUGGCAUUUUUAAAAUCUUCACUCCAGAAACAAAAUUUAUGGAAGUGAACAAGGAGACUCAGGAGCCGGAAUGUAGCCAUCUGGAAGAGACAAAGGAAGAUGGAAGCUCCUCAUCGUCAUCUGUAAAGGAUGAAUUAGAAGAAGGAGAAAUUGUGAGUGACAGAGAGGAAGAAGAGAAGCAGGUGGUGAUCCCCUGUACUCGCCAGAUAAAAGAGAGUCCCGGGCUUGGGAAGAAGCCGAGGAGUCCUAAGGCUAGAACCCCAGCUAAGCAGGUCAAACUAGCAGCUUUGCAAGGCAGCACUGCAAAGAUAAGCAAAACCAACUCAACAGCAAUAAAAAACCCUCAGUUCCCCUCAAAGAAAUCCCCUUCAAAUAAGAGACGCUUUCAAACUGUUCUGACAUCUUUGUCAAACUCAGAUCCUUCCUCAGUACUUGAGGUUAUGGACAUGCUAAAGUUUAUACGCAAGCAAAUAAGGAAAAAGUACAUGAAGCUACACAAAAACUUUCCAGCGAGAACAUUCUACAACGUCAUUGAAAUGUCCCUUUUGGAGUUCACAGAGUUUGUUAGGAAUCUAAACUGCUCCAAACUGUCCAAUUCAGAACAGACCUUGAAGUCCAUACUCUGCAAGAUCAUUACAGCAAUACUGAUGCAGAUUUCCAACAACGGUAUUGUCAGUCGCAUCUUUGAGCAGAAGGCUCCCAAUCUCAAAAGCAAGCUCUGGAUCUUUGUGGAGCAGCAGUUUGACUUUUUGUUCAGAGAACUCCAGGCUGCUCUGAUUAGUCUGUGCGAAUGUGCUGAUCUGGGGCAACCUUCGGAUGAGAAGGGCAAGAAGGAUAAAGACCAUACGAGGAAAGAAACUAAGGAGGAAAAGGAGACGCAAAUUAAAUCGCCAAAGACACCGGUCAACAAAGCAAAGAGGAAGGCCUUAGAGACUGAACCAAAAUCUGAUUCGAAAAAGCAGAAAAAGUUAUUUAAGUCCCCAAACUUAAAAUCCCCAAAGACUGGUUUAGGAAGUAGGGGCAAAAACCUAAAUAACUACAAGGAGGAUAAAGCAAAAAAUAAUAUCGAGCCAUCGAAUAAGAUUUUCAAACAAAACUCUGGCUUAUCUACUGUUAAUACACUAAACACAGUGGACUCGUCUAAAAAAGUCAUUGCUCCCACAAUAAACCCAGCCACAUGUACCACAAGGAAACCUUUAAAUGUCCCUGAAAAAUCAGAUUUCAGUUUUCAAAUCUUAACAGAGCAGCAGGCAUCCAGCCUGACUUUCAACCUGGCCACAGACUCUCAGAUGGGGGAGAUCUUUAAGUGUUUGCUGCAGGGGUCUGACCUGCUGGAGCAGAGUGCUUCUGGGGGGGACAGCCACAGCUGGCUGGUUGGGACUCCUCGGAAGGCAGCUCCAGGUGAAGAGAAGUUGUUCAUGCUACCCACCCCGAGCAAGACUUUAACACCGAUGAAAGUCUCAGCCUCUACCCCUUGGUCUGUUGUCAGCCCUGAGAAAUUCCCUGCUUUUGGUGGCAGAAUCGGGCUACCACUGAACCCAGCUGCAUUAGAUGAGAGCUGUAUGUUGGAAGUCCCUUGUGCUAAUUCAGUGGAUACAGAAGCUGCAUGUGUCUCACUUCCACAGUGGUCAAUCUCCCAUUCUAGGUUGACAGAAGAUCUGGCGGUUUCCCUCACCAUCCCUUCCCCACUAAAAUCAGACAGUCACCUGAGUUUUUUGCAGCCAGAAUACAGGGAGGUCAUUGCUGUUCCGGAUAGCGUCCUCCAUGCCCAUUAUAGUGAAGAUGCCCUUUUUAAUGGGGAGGAUGUCACUGAGCAGGAUAUCCACUUGGCGUUGGAUUCGGACAACUCCAGUAGCAGCUACGAUAGCAGCAUCACCUGUCCCAGCCAGGCCAUUCCACCUGGCUUUCAGUUCAAACCCCAUCUGCCAAUGCAGGCUGUGGUUAUGGAGCGAUCCAAUGACCACUUUAUUGUUAAAAUCAGACACACGUCUACCAUUGCCCCCUCAGAAACUGAGCAGAAGUCUCUAAGCAAUAGGAGUAAGUCACUUGAACCCUCUGACGAUAAGGAAAUGCUACCAUACAAAACAGACGCAGCUAUGGCAGUUUGCAAUGGGACUGCUGGUAAAACAAUCAUAAAUGCUUUGUGUGACAGUACCGAUAUGCCUUUAAUGAAAAAGAGUUCAUCAAAGGUUUUAAAUGUAAUGAGUAGUCCUGCUUCUAAUCAAGAUACAGAUUGUUCUGAUGUAUAUAGCAGGUGUUGGCCUGCAAGACCUGCCAGGAAACUAUCAGAAACUGAGGAGGGUGAUUCUUCUGAUCAGGGGGCUUCUCAUAACUGCUCACUGCCAAUUGGGCGAUCACAAGACCACAGUGAGUCUGAGCAGUGCGGUGGCGAGCGCUCGGGCAGCAACAAGCGGAAGAGGUGCCAUUCUGAGCCCCCUGCAAAGAAACCAAAAAGAGACGCCACCCCCAUCUGCAAAGGCAAGAGGAAAAAGAAAAGGAAGUCUGAAGAAAGAAGCAGUCAUUCUGAAAAAGGAAGAAAAUCCCCCAGCACAAAGAAGUGUAGGAAAUCCUCUUCUGCACAGUCACCCAGCAGCCUGUCAGCCAAGAAUCUUGUCAAAAAGAAAGGAGCGGUUUUGGUAGCAUGGACAAGGGAUGAUGACCGGGCUAUUCUGGUUAACAUCAAGAAGCAAGGAGCAUCUGAAAAAAUAUUUUGCUGUCUGGCCUCCAGAUUGAACAAGUCUCCAUCUCAGGUUUAUGAGAGGUUUGGCCAGCUGAUUAAACUGUUCAAGAAGUCUGAAAAAAUGAACAGCUGCAUUUAGCUGUUGAACUCUGUGGGGAUAUGUGCAAUAAAUACACCUAAAACAAAAAGAAUGUGUUGGCUCAUACCUGCAGGUAAAGAACUAGGCAUGGUGCCCCUGUGCUCCAACCCUCUGCACUCCAGUGGUGUGUAUAGAGAAGAACAUAACACCUGGGGGACAUGCAGCUGGGAGCCUGGUGUUAAUCACACUGACCGGGGCCUGCCUGCACUAGUGAUGAGGAUAGGCUAUAGCCCCAAAGCUGCUUAGGAACACACAAGGUGUGUGGUCCAAUUGGAGCUCAGUCAGUCCCUGAUUUGUUUGGUGUUUUGAAGCCUAAUUAUGAUAAUGUUUUCAGUAUGAGAGGUUAUUUAGCACCCUGUAGUAUUUACUGAAAAUGAUAACCUAACAUUUUCUGUAUCCUGUGUUUAUUUUACAUCAUAAUUUUUAUUUUUAUUUGUUGGUUUUUUUUUUAAUAUUCAGUAGAACCUCAGGCUUACGAACACCUUGGGAAGGAAGGUUGUUCGUAAGUCUGGCAUGUGUGUAACUCUGAAAAUGAGUUUAGCGGUUUUAAAAAAUGUGCACAACUGCUAUCUACAGCCUUAAUCUAGUGAAUAAUACAAAGAUACAGCACAGAAAUGCAAUACUCGUAUUGUUAUGGUUUGAAAGGCUACAUUUAACUUGUUGGCAAAUUGUAACUAGCGAAAACACAGAUUAAAUCAUCCUGGAAAAGCUAGACUAACAUGCUUGUUUUUAUUUUAUUUUAAAAACAAAAUACAUUUAAGUCAU